CUGGUAAGGAGACUGCACUGUUACUGAUUAGCUACGUUUAAUUGACAGUAGUAAUUACCUUUCCUAUGGGCGCUUGUACAGAUACCAUAGUGGAGACCAUAGGCAUCGCUAUCUAAAAAUCAGAUUUUGGAAACCUGAGUUUGGAAAUGCUUGUAGCUUGCACUAAGUGCAAGGCAGCAUUCCUAGAGAAAUAAACACAUAAGCACAUGUGACUGACUGUUGGAUCAGAAACCCUAUUUUUCAAGUGCUGUGCAAACCUAGAGCAUUGUAGUGUGAAACAAUUGUUUAACAUAAGUGAGCGGGAAAGUUCUUUAAACUGCGUAGCAACCUCCUCACUUCGUCCAGGUGCACCAGUAUCUUUGUUGUCAAAAUAUUCCUUCCCCCUCUUUGCACUGAUGUAGGAGAUAGCAACAGUACUCAGCAAUGUCUGCACAGCAGAGAACAGCCAUUGCACUGGAUGUGUCCCCAGCUGCCACCUUUCCUCCUUGGCAGCAAGUUUCCAAAAAGGUGUGAGUGGGGAGGGAGAGACAGAAGCCUGAAGCCAGGCUCUGUGUGUGGUAAGUUCUCUUCCCCAAAGAGGAGAAUGGGUGUUCUAAGCUGGGCAGUUCCCAGUAGGAUGGUAGUGACCCUGGGAGUAUCCCCACCCUGGCUGGGCAAGGAGGGGGACAGAGCUGGGCCAAAAAGACCUGGGGGCAGCAAGGGAGUCAGAUUCAGCUCCAGGGGUUACUUUGUGGCACUAUCGGUGGAGGUACAGACAGCAGCUCUCUGAUUGAAGGGAGAAAAUACAGGCCAUAGUCCUGCCCACUGCCUAUUUUGGUUUGAAGAGGACAAUGUGAGCCUAAGGAAUGAUUUAAUCACAGUGAUGCAUGAAAGUAACUGAAAGGCGGAUUUACUGCUCUAAUCUUUCCAUGGUGCUUAAUUUAAUUUUCAUGUGCUUUAUUGCAACACUGAUUCAUCAGGUGAGUGGGAGGGAGGCUUGUAGAGUACAGGUGGUUCAGUUUCCAUUACUGGAUUAGAUAUCUCUCAAGGUGCUUUCUUGGCUACAGCAGGAGAAAAAUGGCUCUGUGUCUUAUACAGUGCUGUGGUUUGGAAUCCAGGAUAUCUCUAGGGAAAGGCCAUUCCUAUAAUCUGUAAUGUGCAGUGUUUGAAAUCAGUGUACCAUGCUCAGAGCAAAAUUGAGACUCGACUAAUUCUUAUUAUGUUCAUAGAUCAUAAAAAUUUCAGUUAAGCUAAUCUGAAUUGGGUUAGACUCACUUCAUGUCCAAGGGAGCUGUUAUCUGCUGGAGGCAAUUGUGAGAUUGUCAGCAUUGCCACUGCUGAAGGUCUUUUAGUGCUGGAUCUGGGGCUGAAGAGGUAAAAAUGAAACUGCCCUGAAGUGUGUCAGCAGGGCCCUGCUGCUUCUGAGCUGCAGAGCACAGACCUCCCUCUGCAACUGCACAGAUUUGUGCUAUUUGAUCUCCUGUUUUAUUUGGGGGAAAAGCUGCAUUUAGUGUUUUUUCUCCUGACCUCCCUGCCUUUGGAGCAUUAACAGCACAGUGUUUUCUCAGCCAGAAAUGCUGCUCCUCACGCCUCCACUCCUCAACAUGAGAUGUCUCUGGCAGCACGUUGUAGGUGUUUGUGCAUGCCUGCUGUGGUUACUAAGGUAAAGGAAACACAAGAAGCAGCUCAGGGAAUGGGAGCAAUCCAAAUGCCAAAUACACACGGGUUUGGGCAGGAAUGACAGUGACCUGCUCUGCCGGCGUGUCUCAGUGUGGGUCUGGGCUUGCUCACUCCUCAUGCAGGCUGCUGACUGUCACUGCUGGUGUUUGUGAUGUGCUUUAGAGCAUCAAGCAUCUUGAGACUGAGCAAACUCCUCCCAGGUGCUCCUCAGCCCUCAUUUUGGAGCUGUGUGGUUGUGGUGCAUUUAAUUGUACAGGGCUGUGUCUAAAUCAUAGGUUCUGCCUUCAUCCCAGCUCCUCCCCACCACUGUGGCUCUUUCUGGUCAUGCAAGGAAGGGGGAAGGAGACAACCAUCCUGAAAAACACCCUUUUGAAAAGGAGCUGCUGAGCCUCUGUGGAGGACUAAGGAGCAGUGUACAACCUGCCCAGGUUUCCACAUUUCUUAAUUAUUGGAAUAUUCUUUCUCUGCUCAAGGCGUGGGAGUGUUGUGCUUGCAUCAGGCUCUAGGUACUGUAUAUGCAUCUGUGUAAUACAAAAAGAUCAAGGGACUAAAGGGCAAUAUUUUGCAAAAUUGGAAGCAGCUAGCAGCAGGCUAGUAAGAAUUACCUGUAAAUGGUUUCUGCCCAUCACAGGAGGAGAGUGAUGUGAAAGGGGGAUUAGGGUUAGAAGGUUAGAAUAGUCCAGCUGCUUGUGUGGUGGUGGUUUUUAAUUUCUUUCAAGCUGCAUAAAAACCAUGGGCAUAUCCCUUGUUCUUUAGUCUCAGUUUUCUGUAGUGUUUGUAGAGCCACAGUUGAAGUUGUGCCAUUUUUUCCUUUACACUCCGUUCACAUUGAAGGAUUUAUAAGUGUAUAAAUCAAAGUCUGAAUUGAAAAGGCUCAGUUCUCAUCUUUGUUUAAUUAACAGCCAGCUGUAUACCUGGGCUUUCCUUUUGCAGUGUGCCACUGAGGCCUGUGCUCUGUUCCAAUAUCAAUAACUUUACUGUGCUGGCAGUUUUCUUGAUAGUAGUUUUUCUAUGUGUUUUGUUAAACUCCAUGCCAAGCUUCAACUUACUGGGAAUUGACUGCAGGGCUGUAUGAGUUUGAGUGUUUUGGCAACCCAGUUACCAUUCUUAUGAUUAUAGCAUCAGUGAGAAAUUAACCAGCUAAAGGCAAAAGAGAAAUCCCUAAUAAACUGGGAUGCUUGCAGCUCUUCUUGGAGGGGGGAGGGGGGGAAGCUCAACAUGGAGCUUGCCUGCUUCAUCCUAUCUAAUCUGUCAGUGAAUCAAUCAAUGUGAAAUUGUACCCCCAAGGAAUAAUGUAAUAGCUAUUUUGUGUGUAUUCCCAAACUGGAAUGCUGCUGUAGUAGAGUCCUGAAGGGUGUGCUGUCUAAAUCGAUCAGCAGAAACCAAGAUAAAAGCAGGCGUGCUGCAAAUCUAUCAGAUGUGGCAGAGAGGCAUCGAGGGAUGAAAUGUCUCGUUCUGUGUUGAGUGCAAAGCUUAAAUGUGAGCUUGGUCCUUCUGCAUCCCAGCACUUCAGGCACAAAAGCAGUGUCCUGAUAGCCCUCUUUCAGUUUUCUCUCAGCAAAAUCAUGAGAUUGCGCUGAAAGGCACUUUAAUUUUCAUACCAAUGCAUUUUGUUAGAGACAACUGUUGUAGUGUCAUUGUUCUAUCCCACCUUCAGUGCUGCAGAGGCAGCUUGUCUUUUGUUACCUGUGUUGUUUGAUGCCAGUUAAGAGUGCAAAGCCUAUGCUAGCACUGCAUUUUUGAAUUGAUUUGCUCUUUUCUCAGGUUAAAAUGACAGGGAAUUCUCUCCUCACAGCAAUAAAUUGCCAUGUCCCAAUGAGGAGAGGAAGGGAAUUCUGCUCCGUUGCAUGGUGUGGGUAACAGUUGAUCACUGCGAAUAAUCUUUGCAGAAUGAAAAGAACAAUUUAAAUUUCUUUUGUGCUAUUGUUUUGAUAUUUUUGCACUUUCUCUUUUUGGUAUGACUUCAGCAUCAGGAGAGAAUCACUUUUAUGUAGAAGUAGGAGAUGACCAAGGCUUUUAUACACUUUAUCAAACAUUGCACAGUUCAUUUGGGGAGGUGUUGCUGGCUCAUCUGUAAAAUCCCUGAAAUGUGAAUGUGAAAUUGCCACUGGAAUUAAUGCUCUGUCAGAGUGGUUAUUCUGGCAAGCUCCUGGCAUGGAUGCAAAUAAAUGAGAUUUCCAUUUUAUAAGAUGAAUCUUUGUCUUUUCUUGCUGUGUUGCCUUGAAAAAGGACCUCGCACACUGUUGCAAGCCUGACAGUUGCUGAUGCCAUUAGUUAUUUUUUCCCCUUACCUUACUAGGGAAAGUAAUCUGAAUUUACAGAUAAUUUCAUUUUCUCUUACGUGUGGGUCAGACAGUUCAGGUCAAAGCAGGUUUUUUGGGGUUUUUUUUUGUAAAUUUGUAAAUCCUGACAUGUACUGUGAAGGCUUUCAGCGAGCACUGAAUGCACAGUACAAAUUACAGCAUUAGUGGGCAAGGCAGUAAUUUAAACUGCCUUCCGUGGAGCUCUGUUGUUGUAAUCUAGAGCAGGACACAGGUGUGUUAGGUAUGAAAUACAAAGUGUUUGUAUUUUUCAGUUUCGUUUAUAGUAGAUUUUCUUCUUUCCACUUUAACAUCUGUCAUUUGUCCCAGCCUCCUUGUCCUGCUCUGCCUUUGUAACCUUUGUCAUUGAAGAGGAGAUAGAAUGUGUACAACCAUAUGUACAAUUUUUUGUUUUGUUUUAAUUCAGGUUCAGUGGAUGCAAACAAGGCCCUAUUUCUUGGCUGUUGAACGUGUUUUUCGGUGUUGUGGUGGGUUUUUUUGUUCGGCUUGGUUGUUUUGGGUUGUUACUUUUUUUUGACUGGUGAACCACCCAGGCUUUGUUGCCUGUAAUCAAACUGCUGUUACUGCCUGAAUUUCUCUCUGGACUCCAGGUCAUGGGAGGCACCUUGGCACAGCUGCAGUCAUUUAUUGUUAAUACCUGCACUCAUUUAUUCCUACACCUAUGCAUUGCAGUAGACUUGGGGAGCUCCACUUGUGGACAAGGCUGGAGGCUGCUUAAACCAAGCCUAGACUGUUCAGGCUCCUAACCUAGUUUUUCCCAAGCUGGUGUUCAAGUUCUGGCUUGUGGAAUCCCUCAGCGUAGGUGCUGAAAGCUUUCUGUUCCAAGAGGGUGAGGUGUACUGAGAAGCUGGGAGGAUCUCCCAGCCUUGAGUAUAUCUGAGAAGUGUAGUGCAGGGUCCCUCAUUUCUCAGUUCCCUGAGAAGGUACAUGGCCAGGGUGUGUCAAUAGCAGCUUUCCAUGCUUUGUUCAUCCUCUCUCUGCCUGGAUUGUGUUCUUUGGUGUCAAGGUCUCUUAUUGGAAAUUCACAGGAUAUUUAGAGCAGUAUAGUCUUGGAUUUUGCUGGGCUGUUCUGUAAUAUAAAUAAAAACAAUCUCAUUAUGUAAGCAAGUUACUGAAUAACUUGUCGAAAUGGGCUAAGACAGUGGGCACAACAGUGCCAGUUUUAUUCUCUUUGAACAGGUGCAUCCCCAUGAGGAAAUAAGAGAGAGGUAGGUAGGGACCAAGUGAGAAACAUUGAGCAAUAACAGACUGUGACUCAGAAGCAAUUUAACCAUAAUAAUCCCCACAACACUAAAGGUUCUUUUUCCCAGAAAUGCACAAUAUGCUUUUCUCUGCCAUAAAGCUGUUGUCAGCUGACAUCAUUGUGUUAACAUAAGACUUGCUGUUAUCCACAAGAUGCACAGUUAGCAGAGAGCACUUCCAGUGCUGGCUGCUAAUUAUUACUAAUGUUCUCCCAAUUGUUGAAAAACAAUACAUUAAAGAUAUUCCCUGCUUAAUAUUUUAUUCCUGAUGGCUGGUAAGCUUAUAUUGUGUUAAAAAUAAUGCUUCUAAUAUCACUCCAAAUAUUACAAAGCCAGCAUUUGAUUUAUUUAGGAGAACACAGAAUGACCAUUUACCAAAUGCCUCUCUUGAGUACCUGUUGUAGAUGCUUUGUCUUUUUUGUUUUUUUUUUUUAGAGUACCAGUGUGGAAAUUUAUGGCUUUUAUUUUUUUCUUAUCGUGACCCUCUCAAAGUCUGUGUGUUUUCUCAUUGACUUCAUGGUAGCCAAGUGCUUUUUAUCCUGUAUGUCUCUUGGAGAAAUCACAUUAAUGAUGUAUCACUAGCCAGAGAGAGCUUUUGCUGAAAGCACACAAAGGCAGUAAUUUACCUUGUGAUUUUAUAAAAGGCAGACUUUUUUUCCCUCAUAUUAAAAAAGGAAACUGUUGAGGUGAAGGAAAGUGAACAGAGAAUUGGUACUCAAGUACUAUCUCUGCAAUGCGAGAGGGACAUUGCAAUACCAUUAAUAAGAUUCUCCCAUUUUCCCUUGGAGAUGUGGUAUGGAAUUUAGAAAUAGAUUUUGAACAAUUUUCCACUGAACAUGCCACUUUUCUGCUCGCUGAAUAGCUACAAACCCUUAUUGUUUAAUAGCUAUCUUCACUUUUAACUGAUAGAGUUUCAUAGAGGUAAGAUAAUAGCUGUGAAAAAGUAAGACUUUUUCUAGACACUGUUUAAUUUACUGUAAUUAUAUUAAGUGCUAAAUUGAAAGAGGCUUUUCUAGUUAAGAUGAGGAUAAUGAAUAGUUGUGUGUUAUUACCAUAGCCACAAUGGGGGAAAGAAGAAGUGAUUUAAGUUUGCUCGAGUCAGAAAGAAAGAAAACCUGCCCCAAUGUGGUCCUUAAUAAUUUAUUUUCCCCUCUCUAUCGCUGACUCUCACGUUUCGCUAGAAGAGUUUUCUGCCCUUGUACCUCAGGGAUGCAGCAGUUUAUGAAAGGAAUCUGAAGGCACUCCAAGUGAAAAUGGCUGUGGAAAUAGAGUGAAGAACCAGAUUGCACCCUCCAGCCAAGCCUGGAGCUGCACAGGCAGGGGCACACACAGCAAAUGCCAUUGAAGCUCUGAAGGCACUGCAGUGUAGCACGGCUCCCCUGAGGCUCUGCUCCCUCUGUGCUUUGCCCACACUGCAGAGAAAGCCGUGGUUUGCUGCUCUUUUCUGCUUGCAGCAAGUUGCAACAUCUCAAGUCCCCGGGCAGGUUGAGUGGGCGCACCCAGCUCUCUGUGCCAUCCACCAGCACCCGCCUCUGCUGCCCUUACCGUGCCGGAGCUGCGGCACCUGGUGCCUUUACUUCCCUCCACUGCCCUUAUUUGAGAGCCCGAGCAAAUCACAAGGUGUGCAGAGUUGUGCACCCCAUGUAAAAGCACACCAACUCACUGUCUUGGCAUAUUUGAUGCGAUUGAGAAUGGCAUCUUUUAUGCCACUUUUAACUUGGAACUGCUGUAAUCCCCUGCCUCUCCAUGGGGAUAAAAGUGUUUCAUCUGGGGCAGGAUUUCAUUGUGUCCUUGGAAGUUGAAGCUGUUAAGGGGGAAACCAAAGCGUGUUCCCUUGUUUAUUCACCUCUGUACCCUGGGGUUCAAGACACCACUUCUGUGCAGUGUUUCCUUCACUGGCUUCCCUUGCUGUUCAGCUAGGACUGCCGCCAAAGUUGAUCUACAGGGUCUUGUCCCAUACAAGUGUUUAUCUCCUGGGAGUUGCACUCGUGCCAUGCUCCUACCUCUCAAAGUCAAUCAAGAGUGCGUGUGAUUGUACUUGACACUUGUGAUCUGGGCUAGAUGUGAACCCCUGGGGAAGGGCAGUGUGUGAAUUAUUUAAUCUCCUGAGCAUUCCAGCCCCCUGUAUAAAAAGCAUUAAGCAAUAUGGGGCUUUUUCUUGCCUUAAGAGAAGGUCUGUGUCAGCCUUGCUUGAACUCUCAGAAAGUUGAGUAUUCUGAGCACUAAACUUCAUACCAUUGUUCUAAAUUGACUGGAGUGCAACUGCGGGGGACCAAUGUGAGCAGUGUUUGCUCCCAGAAAACCCCCACAGCUCAUGCCAUGAAGGAGGAGAACUUUCUUCGUCGCAGGUUCUCCCUUUGUCCGGCCUCGUCCACCCCUCAGAAGGUCGACCCUCGCAAGCUGACGCGCAAUCUGUUCUUUGGGACCGACAACGACAUCUACCCCCUCAGCCCAGGAAAAGAUGUGGAAGGAAACAGCCCAUCGUCACUGAAGGAUGAGACACCACAGACUCCAAACUCCAUUAGCAAGGCAGGUUCCUCAAGGAAAAUCAGCCUUCCACUUAUCCUGGCAGUGGAGAAACCCAAGGACCAGAUCGAAUAUAAGCUUUGCAAUGGGUCUGACAAAGAGUGUGUGUCUCCAACAGCCAAAUUCAUGAAGAAGGAAACACUGAAGGUACAAAAAAAAAAUUACAGACAGGAGAAGAAAAGAGCUACCAAACAACUCUUCAGUGCUCUGAAGGAUCCCAGUGUGGUGAUCACAGCAGACUGGCUGAAGAUUCGUGGGACUCUGAAGAGCUGGACCAAGCUAUGGUGUGUGCUGAAACCAGGAGUGCUGCUUAUUUAUAAGACGCCAAAGAUCGGACAGUGGGUUGGGACAAUUCUGCUCCAUUCUUGUGAGCUGAUUGAGAGACCCUCCAAAAAGGAUGGCUUCUGCUUUAAACUCUUCCAUCCUUUGGAUCAAUCCAUCUGGGCUGUAAAGGGACCAAAGGGAGAAAAUGUCGGUUCGAUCACUCAGCCUCUUCCCAGCAGCUACUUGAUUUUCAGAGCAGCCUCCGAAUCAGAUGGCCGAUGCUGGCUGGAUGCUCUGGAGCUUGCCCUGCGUUGCUCCAGCCUCUUCAGGCUCAGUGCCUCCAAGCAGGGAAAGGAUGGAGACGUGAACUGCUCGAGUGAUUCUGCACAUGCGGGGCUCAACCACCUCUUGCACACCAGUGCUAUGUCAGACCAGGAGUUCUUCCAGUUGAAUGAAUCAACCCUGGAGAACAACCACCACUUGGAAAACGAUGCUUUUUCGGACAAGUCCGAGAGAGACAACAUAGAGGAGUCAGAGAAUGAAGCCCAUGAGAACAGCCGGAAGACAAAUGAAAGUGAGAGUGAUCAGUCAGAAAUACAGGGAGAGGUCUCUCCAGGAAGGAAGGGGACCACUUAUAUUGAACAAGUCUAUGAAGAAUUUGGAGAGACAGGGGAGUCGUCUCAGACAGAAACCGUCUCUGAGGAGAACAAGAGCCUGAUGUGGAUCCUGCUGAAGCAGCUGCGGCCUGGCAUGGACCUGUCACGGGUGGUGCUGCCCACCUUCAUCCUGGAGCCGCGCUCAUUCCUUAACAAACUCUCCGACUACUACUACCAUGCCGACCUGCUCUCCCAGGCUGUCCUUGAAGAUGAUCCAUACACACGAAUGAAGCAAGUUCUGAGGUGGUAUCUGUCCGGCUUCUAUAAGAAGCCAAAGGGAAUAAAAAAGCCAUACAACCCUAUUCUGGGAGAGACAUUUCGCUGCUGUUGGUUUCACCCCCAGACGAACAGUCACACAUUUUACAUAGCAGAACAGGUGUCCCAUCACCCACCAGUGUCAGCUUUCCACGUCAGCAAUAGAAAGGAUGGAUUCUGCAUUUCUGGCAGCAUUCUAGCUAGGUCCAAGUUUUAUGGCAACUCACUUUCUGCAUUGUUGGAUGGGAAAGCAAAGCUUAUGUUUCUAAGCAGAGGGGAAGACUAUAUAAUCACUAUGCCAUAUGCCCACUGUAAAGGACUUUUAUAUGGUACCAUGACAAUGGAGCUUGGAGGGAAAGUUACCAUUGACUGUGAGAAAACUAACCACAGGGCAGAACUGGAAUUCAAGCUAAAGCCCUUCUUCGGUGGCAGCACGAGCAUUAAUCAAAUCUCGGGGAAGAUUAAAUGCGGAGAAGAAGUGCUAGCGAGUCUCACUGGACACUGGGAUGGAGAAGUGCAUAUAAAUGAGCUGAAAAAUGGGAACACAGAAAUGUUCUGGAACCCGACGAGCGAAGUGCGCAGGCAGAGACUGAAGCGCCACAUUGUGCUGUUUGAGGAGCAGACAGACUUUGAGUCAGAGAGGCUUUGGCAGCAUGUUACCAGUGCAAUAAACAAAGGUGAUCAGCACAAGGCGACACAGGAAAAGUUUGUGCUGGAAGAGGAGCAGAGGAACGCCGCUCGGGAGCGGAGGGAAAGCGGCACAGAAUGGAAACCGCUGCUGUUCCGGCACGAUGCCGGGACCAACGAGUGGCACUACAAAUACGAGGAUCUAAGACCUUGGGAUCCUUUGAACGAUAUUGCCCAAUUUGAGAAGGAUGGAAUACUUCAGACAAUGGAAAGACACUUAUCCACAAGGAUGUCAAACCACAAAGCAACAUGCAUAAACAAUCAAAUUACACGGCACAAGAGGUCUUCCAAAGACUGCAGGUGCCGCAAAACCAGUGAUCAGCCAUCCAACCACAGCCAGAACACAGAGAGCAGCUGUUCAACGCCAGAGUCGGUGCAGGAGCUCUCAGAUGAUGAUGGGUUUGAAAGCCUGUGCGCUCAGUGUGGGAAAGAAAUGAAUCACCUGAAGGAAAUUCACUCAGCUGUCUUAUCCUUACAGAAAGCCCAACAGGACAUACACAGAAACCUCAGCGCUCUGAACAAAAAGUCCUUCCACAGGAAGGCCUCCUCUGAAAGCUUCCUCCUGGACUCUCGCUGUUGGUUUCUCCUCUGCAUCUUUCUUACGUGUCAACUCUUCAUUAAUUAUGUCUUCAAAUAAAAUCACUACGUUUGGCAGCAAUAAUGAUCACUGGCUGCAGGAGGGGGCCACUCGCGCAAGGAGCCCAGCGAGGCACCAAAGCACUUUAGAACCAACACGGCAGAGGUGGAAGGAAGUGGAAAAACAAGGUUAAAAAGGGACCUAGGAACCUGCAAAACUUUGUUCCUGCAGAUUAUGUCAUUUUUGCCUUUUACAUGUACAUCUUCAAGGACCUCUUAACCUGUAUGGGCCUUAAUGCUGAAGCCAAAUGUAGCUUUAAUUGUGCAAUUUGUUUUCUAUGUUUUGUCAUUUUCUGAUGCAAUUAAUAAUUACCCAGCAGUAUUGGUAACCCCAAAAUGGUAAUCACCUCAACAUUUUGGAAAAGUCACGGUGGCCUGGAUCAUAGCUCCAGGAGUGAGGCAGAGCAAUUGGGGAGCUGUAAAGAACUGAUGUCCACGGUGCCUGUCCGGCUGCCUUUAAUUACAGAAAGAACACUUGGUCCAAAAAAUCCAGCCCUGGGAUAUUGAGUCAUGAUUUGUUUAGUCAGCCCAUGCAGAAUGGGACCUCAGGAUGUGUUUUAUUUUCCAUUCCACAGAAACUGUAAAUAUACACAACUCCCUAGAGCCAUUCUGCUUUAGGAAAUGGGAAGUAUUCAGUGAAAGCUCCUCGUCUGGUUACGGAGCUGACUGGUGUCCUGGGUGUGGCCCAUCGAGGGUGAUGUCAGACACGCACGCCUGUUUGUAAAACCUGGUCACUUACUAUUAUUGUUAUUAUUUGCUAUAUGGCUGUUUUAUAAUAUCACACACUAGCAUUGUAGAGAGAAAUCCACUGCCCCAGCAUAGGUGAGAAGGAUGGGAGCGAUGUAGGUGUACGUGUGUUCGGUCUUAGGCACGUUUAUUGUCAAAGGUCAGGAAAGAGGGAUGGUUUUGCCACUGCAUUGUUCAACCCUGUUAAUAGUCUUCCUAUUUUACACCAUUUUUUAAAGAUUUGCAAUAUUUUCUGUAGACUGCAGACAAUACUAAGCCUUUCUUUUCUGGCCUGAAGUAGUUCCAAGUGGUAAGUACUGCUAUAUAUACAGCCUUAAAAUACUUAGUGGUGGUGCCAGUCUGGGCUAUCUUUCAAUGUAAAUGUUUCCAAAUUUUUAAGUACAUUCCUCAUCAUAUUCCCCAGUUAGGGGAAACCUAUUUGUGCUUGAUAUGUUGAAAUAAAACUACACACAACUUUCA